AUGAGCCUUCAAUGUCUAAAGCACAAUACCAGACAAUCGGUAGCCAGCCUGAGAUGCAUUUCGUCGAUCACCAAGAGAGAAACUCCAAGCAAACUUUUUCCGGAGAAGAGGAUGCAUCCAUCGCAUUUGAAGGGAACAAGAAACAUAAUUCGCCGCUUCUCUGAAAACGGGAUACCAUCAGAACUUGAACAAGCGGUGGCAGAGCAACAGAUGAUUAUUCGCCAUUCAAAAGCAGACUCUGUCGUAAGCCUCAAUGUAGGAGGGAAAGAUUUUGUUACCCUCAGAUCAACUCUCCAGAUUAAUCCCGUCUUGUAUGACCGAGUGUUGAGGGCCGAAGCCAAUAAUGAGCUUAUCAAGGGUGCUGUCUUUGUCGAUAGGGAUCCUACGCACUUUGGAUCCAUACUUCAGCAUUUGCGAAAUGUUGCAGACAGCAUCACGCUGUCUAGUGCAAAGAAUCGAAAUGCAUGGUUAAAUCGUUUCAGUUCUCCCAGGACUGAGGUUAACAUUCAAAUCCCUGGAGAUACUGCAAAACUGAGAGAGCUUUUUAUCGAAGCACGGUAUUUCAAAAUUAAAGAAUUGGAAGACGUCGUUUCGGGAUACGAUUGGUGGUCUUGGCUGGCGAGCUUGUUGAAUGGAGGGGCAACCAACCCGUUCCAUUCGGCAUUGCAAGCUGUGAAAAUUGCGAGGCGAACGUUGCUAACCACUGGUGGUUUGGGUAUUUUGAUCGGCGCUCAAAAUGAGGCACUUUGGAGUGAGGUAACUGCAGCUGCGAAGACCGCGUAUGCUUGGAUCACGAGUAGAGCUCCUUCAAUAGAGAGUGGCUGGUUUUCCUCAAGUGCGGACCAGGAUCCAGAACCGAAACCGAAAAUGAGCUGGUUUGGGAGAGCGGAGUAG